AAAUACAACCAUUAAUUGGGUCGCAAAUUCAGCUCCUUGCGUGGGCCUCUUUCUGAUUAUUAUCCCAUUUAAAGUCUCACCUAAUCCCUCUCUCCUUCUCUGUCUUUGUGCACCCUAAAGACAACACACUCAGCUAUACAGAAAUGGGUAAUCGAUUCAGCUGCAAGACCAAGAGUAAUCAUAAUGGGUCUAAGAGUAGCAGACGAUUCGGUGGUGGUAAUCGAUCACAGAGGAAAUUGCAAUCGGAUGAAGAGUUACUGCACAUGCAAGCUCUAUCUCUUGCAAUUCAACACCAUCAAUCGUCUCAGAGAUUCGAAGGUUCCAUGUCUAGGCGGAUUGGAUCCACCAGUUCUCGCCGCCGCAGCAAUCCCAUCUCGGAUCCAACUUUGACCAACCCCAAACAGCAAAAACAGUCACCGGAGUUUUUGGAAAAUCUUGAAACCAAGAAAGUUGUUUUGAUACACGGAGAAGGAUUUGGAGCAUGGUGCUGGUACAAGACUAUCGCUCUGUUAGAGGAGUCGGGAAUGCUUCCUACAGCCUUUGAUCUUACGGGAUCCGGCAUUGAUUUGAAGGACACAAAUAACGUUACUUCACUGGAGGAAUACUCAAAACCGCUGAUCGAUUAUUUGCAAAACCUACCAGAAGAUGAUAAGGUAAUUUUAGUCGGACACAGUAUUGGAGGUGCUUGCGUAUCGUAUGCGUUGGAGCAUUUCCAACAGAAGAUCUCGAAAGCCAUCUUUUUAUGCGGCACAAUGGUAUCCGAUGGACAGAAGCCGUUUGACGUGUUUGCUGAGGAGCUCGGGUCUGCAGAACUAUUUAUGAAGGAAUCCAAGUUCUUAAUAUACGGAAAUGGUAAAGACAAUCCUCCGACUGGAUUCAUGUUCGAGAAGCAACAGAUGCGCGGAUUAUAUUUCAAUCAGUCUCCUACGAAGGAUAUCGCUCUGGCUAUGGUUUCAGUGAGACCCAUCCCACUCGGACCCAUAAUGCAAACACUCUCACUAUCGAAAGAAAAAUACGGAACCGGGCGUAGGUUCUACAUUCAAACGCUCGACGAUCACGCGCUCUCACCCGACAUCCAAGAAAAGCUCGUGAGGGAAAAUCCACCCGAAGGCGUUUUCAAGAUUAAAGGUAGCGAUCAUUGCCCUUUCUUCUCCAAACCGCAAUCACUGCACAAAAUUUUGCUCGAGAUUGCGCAAAUCGCAUAGCAACACGGUUUACGUGUAAGUGUCGGGAACGAUAGAAUCAGAGACAUUUUGUUUCUAUAUAAUUUAUAUUUUUCAUAUUAUUCUGAAAUGUUUAGAGAGCAUAAGUUGUUAUAUAUGUUCAUAGUUGCAGUGAAAAAAGAACAUUGAUAUAGCAUCUCUUUUCACACUCCAUUUAAUACAUAUGGUACAAGUUUACACAUG